AUGAUUGGAAGCUUUCUAUAUCUAACAGCCAGAAGACCAUAUGUUGCAUUUGCAGUUAGAGUAUGUGCCAGAUAUCAAGUAGAGCCAAAGGUAUGUCACUUAAAUCAAGUCAAGAGAAUCCUCAGAUAUGUAAAUGGAACUUCUGAUUAUGGCAUACUGUACACCAACGGGAGUGACCCUGUUUUGACUGGAUAUUGUGAUGCUGACUGGGCUGGAAGUGCUGAUGAUAGAAAAAGCACAUCUAGAGGAUGUUUCUUCCUAGGUAACAAUAUUAUAUCAUGGUUUACCAAGAAACAAAAUUGUGUCUCAUUAUCAACUGCUGAAGCAGAGUACAUAGCAGCUGGUAGUAGCUGUUCCCAAUUGGUCUGGAUGAAACAAAUGCUGACUGAGUACAAUGUUCCACAGAAUGUCAUGACUUUAUAUUGUGACAAUCUCAGUGCUAUUAACAUCUCCAAAAAUCCAAUUUAG